CCAAACUUCCGUCAAGCAGGAGGUCGUGGGCUAACCAACAAGAGAGGACAGAGAGUGAAAGACGGGCUCCUUUAUCGCUCCUCCAGGACAGACUUCGUUACUCCAAAGGACAAGUCACUCUUUCUCCAAUUGGGAAUCAAGUCAAUCAUAGACCUCAGAAGACAAUCGGAGUACGAGAGAUCAGACGGCUCCAAAUUACUGGAUGAUAUUUAUCCGGUUUGGAUACUCAAGAGCGGCAAUGUCCGUCGUAUGAAACCUCCCUUCGCUGGGGGGGACAAACCCGCUCCACCUCCCCACCCCCUUCCGAUAACACGGCCGGUCGUCGCUACCUUGUGAACAUGUGGACAAUGAAGAUUAUAUGGCACAUCUUUACGCAAGCAAAUUUCAUUGUCCGUUGGCUCUCGCUCAUCUUAGUUCUCAUUGACUGGCUUAGUGGACUUCAUUUAUUCGUGAAGUUCUACACCUGGCUUGUCCUCAACCACUUCUCUGUUGCUAAGCAGUACAUUGAUGUAGUGGAACUGGCUAAACCAGUUAUCAUAGACGUGAUUCGUUUCAUGUGUAGAGAGGAUUCCCUACCGAUGCUAAUACAUUGUGCCCAUGGUAAGGAUAGAACUGGUUUACUGGUCGCCGUUGUACUUGGUCUACUGGAGGUUGAAAGCGAGGAUAUUAUAAGAGAUUAUGCUGAAUCACAGGAUGGUCUGUUAUGCAUCAAGGAUAGAGUGUAUCAAGAGAUUGUGGAGAGAUAUGGUUUCAAGUUAGAGUGUACUUAUGCUGAGAGGGAAACGAUGGAAGAAGUCCUUGAACACAUUGAGAAAAAUUAUGGAUCAAUGUCGGAGUAUUUAUUGUCUGGAGGGUUCACUUUGAAGGAGCAGGAACAUUUUAAAAGAUUGUUUUUGGAACCAGAGUCUGAAUAAUUAGCCAGACGUGGAAUGAAUAAUUAAAUCUUAUCAAUACUGUUUGAGUGUAUUAUUACUAUACAUUAAUUCAAUCUUGUAUAGAACUAACUAAUUUGCAUAGAAGCAGAAAUAAUUAUUUAUAAUAAUA